CCUGCAGGAAUCGAGCAUCCCCAGAGAGCGCAGCAUCAGCACCACAAGCCGCGGGAGGAGGCACGACGCGUCCCUUCUCCCCUGCCGGGCAGGAACCGCAACCCGGAGCGUCUCCAAUGUCACGGCCAGCCCCUUCCCACGGCGGGCGGACCUUAGCAAGCCUUUGAGGCACCGAGAGGAUAUUUUCAGAAGUAUAAAACUUACAAGGGAAGAAAAAAGUCUAGACCCUCACAAUGGCAGGAGCGUCUGUAAAGGUGGCAGUGCGGGUGCGCCCCUUCAACUCCCGUGAAAUGAGCAAGGAUUCCAAAUGUAUCAUACAGAUGUCAGGAAGCACUACAACGAUCAUAAAUCCAAAGCAGCCCAAAGAGACACCCAAAAGUUUCAGCUUUGACUAUUCCUAUUGGUCUCACACAACGCCUGAAGACAUCAAUUAUGCCUCUCAAAAGCAGGUGUACCGGGACAUCGGAGAGGAGAUGCUGCAGCAUGCCUUUGAAGGUUAUAACGUUUGCAUUUUUGCCUAUGGCCAAACUGGGGCUGGCAAGUCAUAUACCAUGAUGGGUAGACAAGAGAAGGACCAGCAAGGCAUCAUCCCCCAGCUAUGUGAAGAUCUCUUCUCCCGUAUUAAUGACACAACGAAUGACAACAUGUCUUACUCAGUGGAGGUGAGCUACAUGGAAAUCUACUGUGAACGUGUUCGUGACCUCCUCAACCCCAAGAAUAAAGGGAAUUUAAGAGUGAGAGAGCACCCACUCCUUGGGCCAUAUGUGGAAGAUCUCUCGAAACUAGCCGUCACAUCCUAUAAUGACAUCCAAGAUCUAAUGGACUCUGGGAACAAAGCCAGGACAGUGGCUGCCACUAAUAUGAAUGAAACUAGUAGCCGCUCACAUGCUGUCUUCAAUAUUAUCUUCACCCAGAAACGACAUGAUGCUGAGACUGACAUCACCACAGAGAAGGUCAGCAAAAUCAGCUUGGUAGAUCUUGCAGGAAGUGAAAGGGCUGACUCUACAGGAGCAAAAGGCACACGACUUAAGGAGGGAGCAAACAUCAAUAAGUCACUAACUACGCUAGGAAAGGUGAUUUCUGCUCUGGCUGAAAUGGAUUCAGGACCGAACAAGAAUAAGAAGAAGAAAAAGACUGAUUUUAUUCCCUACCGGGACUCUGUCCUUACAUGGCUCCUACGAGAAAAUCUAGGUGGUAACUCUCGAACUGCUAUGGUUGCUGCUCUCAGUCCUGCUGAUAUCAACUAUGAUGAGACCCUCAGCACUUUACGAUAUGCCGACCGUGCUAAACAGAUCAGGUGCAAUGCUGUCAUUAAUGAAGAUCCCAACAACAAGCUGAUCAGAGAACUGAAGGAUGAAGUGGCUCGUUUGAGAGACCUACUCUAUGCCCAGGGCCUGGGAGAUAUCAUUGACAUGACCAAUGCUUUGGUAGGAAUGAGCCCCUCCUCCUCACUCUCCGCCUUGUCCAGCCGAGCCGCUUCUGUCUCCAGUCUCCAUGAACGCAUGAUGUUUGCUCCAGGUAGUGAAGAGGCCAUUGAGAGACUGAAGGAAACAGAGAAGAUCAUUGCUGAACUGAAUGAAACAUGGGAGGAAAAGCUACGUAGGACAGAAGCAAUUCGGAUGGAGAGGGAAGCUUUGCUUGCAGAAAUGGGAGUGGCUAUGAGAGAAGAUGGUGGUACACUGGGGGUGUUCUCUCCUAAAAAGACACCACAUCUAGUCAACCUGAAUGAGGAUCCGCUGAUGUCUGAGUGCCUUCUAUACUACAUUAAAGAUGGAAUAACCAGGGUUGGUCGAGAAGAUGCUGAAAGGAGGCAAGACAUCGUCCUGAGCGGACACUUCAUCAAAGAUGAGCACUGCAUAUUCCGAAGUGACACUAAGGCUGGCAGCGAAGCAGUAGUGACCCUGGAACCUUGCGAAGGGGCAGACACCUAUGUCAAUGGCAAGAAAGUUACAGAACCCAGCAUCUUAAGAUCAGGAAAUCGCAUAAUAAUGGGGAAGAGCCACGUCUUUCGAUUUAACCAUCCUGAGCAAGCACGGCAAGAGCGGGAGCGCACCCCUUGUGCAGAGACCCCUGCUGAGCCAGUGGACUGGGCUUUCGCUCAGAGAGAACUCUUGGAGAAGCAAGGCAUUGACAUGAAGCAAGAGAUGGAGCAGAGGCUUCAGGAACUGGAAGACCAAUACCGGAAGGAAAGAGAAGAGGCAAAUUACCUUCUGGAGCAGCAAAGACUUGAUUAUGAGAGUAAACUGGAAGCUUUACAGAAACAGAUGGACUCUAGAUACUAUCCCGAGGCUAACGAGGAGGAAGAGGAACCUGAAGAUGAAGUUCAAUGGACAGAGCGGGAGUUUGAGUUGGCACUGUGGGCCUUCAGGAAGUGGAAAUGGUACCAAUUCACAUCUCUCCGAGACCAACUGUGGGGCAAUGCCAUUUUCUUAAAGGAAGCUAAUGCCAUCAGUGUGGAACUAAAGAAAAAGGUCCAGUUUCAGUUUGUACUCCUCACAGACACUCUGUAUUCCCCUCUGCCUCCGGAUCUGCUUCCUCCGGAUGCUGCCAAAGACCGCGAGAAACGUCCAUUCCCAAGGACCAUUGUGGCAGUGGAGGUGCAAGACCAAAAGAAUGGAGCAACCCAUUACUGGACACUGGAGAAACUCAGGCAGAGAUUGGACCUGAUGAGGGAGAUGUAUGAUCGGGCAGCCGAAGUGCCGUCUAGUGUUAUAGAAGACUGUGACAAUGUGGUGACUGGUGGAGACCCCUUUUAUGAUCGCUUCCCUUGGUUCAGGCUGGUUGGCAGCUCUCCUAUUUUCAACACAUGCAUGAGCGAGCGCAUGGCUGAUCUCACCCCCUCCCCCACCUUCUCGAACCCUGACUCCGACAUCACCGAGCCUGCUGACGAGCAGCACGUGGGGAAGGAGGAGGAGGAGGAGGACCUGGAGGAAGACAUCUUUCCGGAGUACCCGCUGUAUGAUGGCCAGGAUCCAUUUUACGACCGCUCCCCCCUGUUCAGUUUAGUAGGAAGAGCCUUUGUCUAUCUCAGCAACUUGCUGUAUCCUGUGCCUCUGGUCCACCGUGUUGCCAUUGUCAGUGAGAAGGGAGAAGUUAAAGGAUUCCUACGUGUGGCUGUUCAGGCCAUCUCGGCGGAUGAAGAAGCACCAGAUUAUGGUUCAGGAGUGCGUCAGUCGGGAACAGCCAAAAUUUCUUUUGAUGAUCAGCACUUUGAGAAGUUCCAGUCUGAAUCCUGUCCUGUAGUAGGAAUGUCCCGCUCUGGAACUUCACAGGAAGAGCUGCGCAUUGUAGAGGGACAGGGGCAAAUAACUGACAUAGGACCAUCAGCAGAUGAAGUCAACAACAACACUUGUGCAGCCACCCCAGAAGAUCUUCUCCUGGACACUUCAGAGAAGUCUGCAGUGGAUGGCCCUCUGGAGACAGCCCUGGAGCAUUUGAAGUUGGGCAGCAUCUUCACUUUCAGAGUGACUGUUCUUCAGGCCUCCAGUAUCUCCGCAGAAUACGCAGACAUCUUCUGCCAGUUUAACUUUAUCCAUCGCCACGAUGAAGCCUUCUCUACAGAGCCCUUGAAGAACACUGGACGAGGCCCACCUCUUGGCUUCUAUCACGUUCAAAAUAUUGCUGUGGAAGUCACCAAAUCUUUCAUUGAAUAUAUUAAAAGCCAACCAAUUGUCUUUGAGGUAUUUGGACACUAUCAGCAGCAUCCUUUCCCCCCUCUCUGCAAGGAUGUCCUCAGCCCCUUAAGACCAUCCCGGCGUCAUUUCCCACGGGUCAUGCCAUUAUCUAAGCCAGUGCCUGCAACAAAACUGAGUGCCAUGACCAGGCCCAGUGCUGGCCCCUGCCAGUGCAAGUAUGAUCUGAUGGUCUUCUUUGAGAUCUGUGAACUGGAGGCCAACGGCGACUACAUCCCUGCUGUUGUGGAUCACCGAGGAGGAAUGCCCUGCCAUGGAACAUUCCUACUGCACCAGGGUAUCCAGAGGAGGAUCACGGUCACCUUGGUGCAUGAGACAGGUAGCCACAUCCGCUGGAAGGAAGUGCGGGAGUUGGUUGUGGGUCGGAUUCGGAACACCCCGGAAGGAGAUGACUCUCUCAUUGACCCCAACAUCCUCUCUCUGAACAUUCUGUCAUCAGGAUAUAUCCGUCCUUCCCAGGAUGAUCGGCAGUUUCUUGAUUCGGAUAUGCCUAGGACAUUUUUCCAAUUUGAGGCCGCGUGGGAUAGCUCCAUGCACAACUCUCUGCUGCUGAAUCGUGUCACCCCAUACAGAGAGAAAAUCUACAUGACCCUCUCAGCAUAUAUUGAGAUGGAGAAUUGCACUCAACCAGCAGUGAUCACCAAAGAUUUCUGCAUGGUCUUCUACUCCAGAGAUGCUAAGCUCCCUGCUUCUCGAUCUAUUCGCAAUCUUUUUGGAAGUGGAAGCCUACGAGCCUCAGAAAGCAACCGUGUGACAGGUGUUUAUGAACUCAGCCUUUGUCGAGUGGCUGAUGCUGGCAGUCCAGGUAUGCAAAGAAGACGAAGGCGGGUGCUUGACACAUCUGUGGCGUAUGUGCGAGGUGAGGAGAACCUGGCAGGCUGGCGGCCCCGUAGUGACAGCCUCAUCUUGGAUCAUCAGUGGGAACUGGAGAAACUGAGCCUCCUGCAGGAGGUUGAGAAAACAAGACAUUACUUACUUUUGCGUGAGAAGUUAGAGACAACUCAGCGCUUAGGUCUCGAUUCCCUGUCCUCAAGCUCCAGUGAAGACUCUGAUUCCCGCAGCACAUCUUGUGUCUCAUCCCCUAUCUCAGCAGAUGGUACCCCAGAUGGGAGGACUUUAUCUCUAGACACCCCCAGCGAGAGACAGAAAGAACUUGCAGUUAAGUGCUUGCGCCUCCUGACACACACAUUCAACAGAGAGUAUAGCCAUAGCCAUGUCUGUGUUAGUGCAAGUGAGAGCAAGCUGUCUGAGAUGUCAGUGACUCUGAUGAGAGAUCCUUCCAUGUCAGCUCUUGGUGGCACUACCUUGACCCCCUCUUCUACCUGUCCAUCACUGGUUGAAGGGCGGUACAAUGGCACAGAGGCCAGAAGUCUCCAACUCUCUUCUAGGGUGGAAAGUCCUGAAUCUGAGCCCACAAUGGAAGGAGAACAGAAGAAAUCACCUACGUGUGGGCCUGAAGAGGAAAAGGAGACCCAGCGCCUAUUAGUCCCUGACAUUCAAGAAAUUCGAGUCAGCCCCAUUGUCUCCAGAAAAGGUUACUUACACUUCCUGGAGCCCCACACAAAUGGCUGGGUGAAGCGCUAUGUAGUCGUGAGACGCCCCUAUGUCUACAUCUACAACAGUGACAAGGACUCGGUGGAGAGAGCUGUCCUCAAUCUCUCAUCAGCUCAGGUGGAAUACAGCGAGGACCAGCAGGCAAUGCUGAAAACCCCCAACACAUUUGCAGUGUGCACUGAGCAUCGUGGAAUCCUGCUGCAGGCAAGCAACGACAAGGAUAUGCACGACUGGCUAUAUGCAUUCAACCCUCUACUGGCUGGAUCAAUAAGGUCCAAACUGUCUAGAAGGAGAACAGCCCAGACAAGAAUUUAGUCUAAAAGAACCACCCACCUCAUCAAACAAAAAUAAUGGGUGCUGUUUGAGGGUUCCCAUCUUAAAUUUGGAUCUCUCCUGUCAUUCAUCUCCCAGAUGCCUGCGCCACAGAGUGAUCCAUCUCAAGUUACAGCUUCAUUGGCCAAACUCAUUUCUCUUGUAACUUUAGAAGACUGGUACACCCUGAAAUUCUUGUGCAUAUGUGAUCUCCCACCCAUCUCUUUCUAUUGGGUGAAAUAUGACCACUAACAAAGCAAGAGCUUUUUCUAUUUUAUUUUAUUUUAAUUUUUAAAGCAACUGUUCCAUUUAAAGAGACAGGUAUUUGCAAAGGGGUGAACGUUUUAAAUCAUGUUACUUAAAGGAGAUAAAAGCGAUAGGAUUGUGUGCUGAUAAAACAUAACUUAUUGAUAUUUUAAAAAUUACUUGGUAGAGCAAGAAAAAGUAGUAUAAGAUUAUAUUUAUAAAGUAUUUAUUUCUAUUUACUUCACUGAAAAUUGAACAUUCUGUUUAUCAUGUGUUGCUGUUUUCUACACCUAUACACGUACGAGGUGCUGCAUUCCAUUUCUGAUAAGGGAAAAGAUGUGGAAGUGAGUCAGUGUGAUCAUAGGAGGGAGCCUCAUCAGCCAUUUUCUGACACUAUGCUUGUUUAACUUAGCUAAAGGAUGAGCUGGGUAUCCAGAUAUAUACAACAUUUCUGUAACUUGCUUUUUGUUUUAAUGAAAAUCCGUUUUUAGAGACUCUGCUUGGGAGUAAAGAAACUGUGGGUUGUGGGCUUAAUUCUUCCACAACAUUCCAUAUGGUAGUGAAAAUAGUGAUAGAUGACCCGAGGGGAAAAUUGCAUUUUCCAACAAACAAAGGUUUCUAGUAGUUGCUGGGGGCAGAUGGAAUAUCUGCACAAUAGAAGUGCUACCACAAAGAAAGAUGUAUGGAUAUCCUACAGAAAUGAGGAAAUGUAUGUUUACUGCAUACAGAAAAUAUUGUCUGUCAUAUUAUUUUAUUGGAAAAAUAAUUUUACAGUAGAUGGGGAUAUAGAAAGAAUGAAAGGACCCUACCAUAAGGAAAAAGCAUGACAUAAAAUAACACUUAUUUUUCACUGUUUUAAAAAAUCUCCCUCCAAACAUUUAAUAUGCUGGCACUUCACUCUUUUCUUUCCUUUUCUCCACCCCCACCCCUUGGAGUAUUAGAAUUCUACACAGAAUGUCCAACUCACAAUAACAAUUGAAAAUGAUCCUUGCACCACAUUUUUAGAAUAACCUUAACUGUAGAGUCUCUGUGUUAGCUCAGAGUACUCCUUUUACCAUUUCAAAAUUUUGGUUACAUAUGUAAGCUCAACCGUAGGUGAGGUGCUGAAGAUGUCCAAACCUCCCUGUGGGUAUCUCAGAGUCUAUAUAAUCUCUCACUGACAGCAGACAUUAAUUUGCACAGCAUGACUAUACACUGGUUUGAUUGUUUCUCACUUUCCCAACUUUUCCUGUUGUAUCUGUUUGGUCUUGUGUGUGAUAUCCAGAUGAGAUGGUCUAUGCAGUAAUCAUUUUUUUGAAUUCUACUUUGAUAUGUGUGUGUGUGUGUGUGUGUGUGUGUGUGUGUGGUGUGAGGAAAUAUGGGCAAAUACAGUAGAAGGUGAGCUGAAUCCCUCUGCAUAGACUCAGUGUUUCAGCCAAACUGUAUACUUUUUGGAGAAUGAGCAAAAGUGGUGACUACAGUAACCAGGACAUAGCCCAGGCAAAGUCCUCCCAUCUCAUGUCCUCGUUGGGAGAUAUAUCAACUGACUGGGCAUUUUAUAUCAUUCUUUGCUGCUCUUUUUUAUAUUAGCUUCCUUCAGAUAGCAUAGCAUUCCUUCUUUGCCCUCCACAGAACUCUUGUUCUGUCUUCCAAUUUGAAAAGACAACAAAAAAUAGGAAGUGCUAGUUAUUCCCAUGGGCUCACCAUUCUGUUCUGUGAUCAUUUCCCAAAAUUUGCUGUCCAAUUUUAUAUGCACAAAAAAGCCACUUGUUUUAUAAUCCAGUUGAGAUGGACAUGCAGGAGGUGGUCAAGAAAUAGUGUUAUUUAUUUUAUUCCCUGUGGUUUACUUUUCCUGCUUGCAAAAUAAUAAUUAUACACACAUAUAUACAGUAUAUAUUUAAAAAUAGCUUUGCUGGACAAUUUUGAUUCAAUACAACUUUCCAGUCUCAAGGCUGCUUCCAGACAAGGUGUUUACAGUGGAAUUGCAAUGCCUCACUUGCUAACAUUAAAAGGAGUGGGGUCCACACAAAAUAGUCAUCUUUGUGUAAUUCCUCUGUGUUUUCCCAGUGCUGCUUUCACUUUGUUUUAUACCAUGGAAAAAAUCCCACUUUAUAGGGAGGAAUGGAAUAGCAGCACCAUCACUUUGCAGGUGUAGAUAGGAAAAUGUGGAAUUCAGGAAGGGUGGGAAGAGUUAUCCCAAGAAAAGGUAGAUGAGAUAUUGGUUAUACCCCUCCUUUCUCUGUCAUAGGAUUGAGGAGCCUGUGAACCCUUAAUCCAUAUCAGCCAUAGCUAGCCUGGCCAGUAGUGAAGGAAGUGUACCUCUGGACCAUGCGUUCCCCAUCCUGUUGUAUUGCUUGCUAUGGGUUUCCAAGAACAGAAACCUUUCAUGUCUUUAACAAAAUCCUUUUAGCUUCAUUCAUGUUUCUUUCUUCUUAAGACACAUUUUAUUGAUCUGAAGCUUCUGGCUCUGGGCAAUGAAAUUAGAAGCUCCUGAACUCAUUACUUCUUAAAUGUAUUAUCUCCCAGAAUGAGUUGUCAUCAGUGCCUUUAAGAAGAAAAUUAACAAUUUAACUAGACUACGCAAGUGCCCCCCUAAAUAUAAUUCUCAAGUAUUUUUUUUUUAUCUGAACACAGUGGGAAUGAAAACAGAAUUGCACUGAUAUGCAUUUAACAAUUUAAAAAUUGUUUGAAGCUGCUGGGAGUCCAAGAGUGGUUUCUAGAAUACCCUGUUUCUCCGAAAAUAAGACCUAACCUGAAAAUAAGCCCUAGUAUGAUUUUUCAGGAUGCUCAGAAUAAAA